CGAGUCACUCAUUGCUCGCCCGCUCACACAGGGGGAGGACGCUACCCGUGUGCGUGUGUUAAAUUAUAAGUGUUUUAAGUGAUUGACUCUACAUAGUUCACACGCUUAAUUCUCAUCACGCUGAAGGUGAUGAGAGAAUUAAUAUACAUCCCCUGGGUAGUGGUGGUCACCUUGGUAGCAGGAAGUCCGCUGGAGGUGAGUAAAAAUGGCCAAUCCGGGGCGGUGGAUAUUGACGCCACUAUCCAGCAAAGUUUCACGCCCAGAAUGGAAAAAAGUAUGCGCUUUAACCAGCUGGUGGUCGCCAAAUUACAGCAUAGUCUCAAAACCCUCGCCAGGGAUAAAAGACUAACUCAGCCUGCAGAUAUAGAGACGGCUGAAGACCGAGUGUUUGCACAACUGCUGGAGAAGAUCGGCGCCCUCAAUAAGGCCCUUGAGUCCCUCGAGGAGUCAGUCAGCAUCCUCAGCACCCGCUUGUUGGAUGCUGCAGGUAUAGAAUCAACGUCCGCGAAAACAACAACAGCUAAACGAUUAACAACAGUUGAAGCACUAACACCUGAACGAUUAACAACAGUUGAAGCACCAACAACUGAACGAUUAACAACAGUUGAAGCAUCAACAACUGAACGAUUAACAACAGAUGAAGCAUCAACAACUGAACGAUUAACAACAGUUGAAGCAUCAACAGCUGAACGAUUAACAACAGUUGAAGCAUCAACAACUGAACGAUUAACAACAGUUGAAGCACUAACAGCUGAACGAUUAACAACAGUUGAAGCACCAACAACUGAACAAUUAACAACAGUUGAAGCACCAACAACUGAACAAUUAACAACAGUUGAAGCACCAUCGUCACCACAGCCGUGUAACCUGACGACACAUUUCAAGUGUGAUAAUGGAAGCUGCUUCUCACAAGAUCUGCGCUGCAAUGGAAUCUCCGACUGUCAGGAUGGCAGCGAUGAGCCUGUUGAUUGUGCUAAAGAACAGGUUACGUGUGACAGCGCUUUUGAUUUUGCAUGUUUAUCAGGUGAUGAAUGCAUACCUCUUGCAUGGCAGUGUGACAGUGAUGAUGACUGUACGGACGGCAGUGAUGAAACGACAUGCCUCGGGCGCACGUGUCAAGCAAAUCAGUUUGCCUGUUUAACAGGAGGUAGGUGCUUACCCCAGACUUGGAAUUGUGAUGGUGAUAAUGACUGUGAUGACGCCAGUGAUGAAAAGGGAUGCGAGGAAGUUGCUUGUAUGGAAAGUCAGUUUACUUGCAAAACAGUUAAUAAAUGUAUAAGUUCCAAUUGGCUGUGUGAUGGGGAUGAUGAUUGCCCGGACUCCAGUGAUGAAGAAAAUUGUGGAAAGGUUGAGUGUGGUGAGAAUGAGUUCAAGUGUUUGUCAAAUAGUGCCUGCAUAGAUUCCAGCUGGCAUUGUGAUGGAGAUGAUGAUUGUACAGAUGCCAGUGAUGAAUAUGGCUGCUUUGAGGCCGUGUGUGGUGAUGCAUACUUCAAGUGUGCGUCAGGUGACAAGUGUGUAUAUACCCAUUGGAGCUGUGAUGGUGAUGAUGACUGUGGGGACGGUAGUGAUGAACUUGGCUGCAACUCAACAGAGAUAAAAUGUGAUGCCACAGAAUUCCAGUGUUUGAUCCUUGAAGAGUGUUUCCCUCAGUCCAAAGUGUGUGAUGGUGUUAGUGACUGCACAGAUAACACCGAUGAGGCACAGUGCCCCUCCCACCCUGAGACAGAGCCACCCACUGAUUCACUUACAGAGUCUCCCACUGAGCCACCCACUGAAAUAACCACUGAUUUACCUGAUGCACCUCUUACAGAAUCUCCCACACACACUCCAGUGGGUUACUUCACAGAGCCGCCUCCCUCAGUGCUACUUGUUGGCGAGGCGUAUCCUCAGGUUGUUUGUAAAGAAGACGAGUUUAAGUGUUCGUCAUACAACAGAUGUAUACGUUUACUAUGGAAAUGUGACGGGGAAGACGACUGUUAUGAUGGCAGUGAUGAAGCCGACUGUCAGGGAUGCAGGGGUAAUGAGAUGCGUUGCGACAAUGGCCGUUGUGUUCCGGAAGCUUGGCAGUGUGAUGGUGAGGAUGACUGUUAUGAUGGCACCGAUGAACGCAACUGUACAGAGGUUUGCCCAGAUAACACGUUUAGAUGUACAGAUGGUGCCUGUAUACCCAACACCUGGAGAUGUGAUGGCGGUGCAGAUUGUCACGAUGGAGUUGAUGAAGCUAACUGUAUGGGAACCUGCAAUAGUGACCAGUUUGCCUGUUCCUCUGGCAUCUGUGUACCGAAGACGUUUGUUUGUGAUGGUGACAAAGACUGCAGUGAUGGUGGUGAUGAACACUUAUGUCCUCCAAUCACUUGUAACGAAAAGGAGUUCAACUGCACCUCUCAUGGCAUCUGUAUCCCACUUUCGUUUGUGUGUGAUGAUGAUAAGGACUGUCCUGAUGGUGCUGAUGAGAACAACUGUCUUAAGGUUGUGUGCACUGAAGCACAGUUUAAAUGUUUGCUUGAUGGCUCCUGCAUCCCUCUGGCCUUCAAGUGUGAUGGAGACCCAGACUGCAGAGAUGGCAGUGAUGAAGAACAGUGCCCCAACCAGCCAGAUACAACACCUACUACAGUUCUGCCUGACACCGUGCCGACCACAAUCCUGCCUGACACCGUGCCUACUACAAUCCUGCCUGACACCGUGCCUACUACAAUCCUGCCUGACACCGUGCCUACUACAAUCCUGCCUGACACCGUGCCUACUACAAUCCUGCCUGACACAAUACCUUCUGCAAUCUCCAUGACAGUUGACGAAGGUUCCAAGAAAGGAAUCUGUUCGGUGGAGGAAUUCAAUUGUACUGCAGGGGAGCGAUGUGUACCGUUGUCAUGGCAGUGUGAUGGUAGUCAGGACUGUCUGGACAAAAGUGAUGAGCUGGGCUGUCCUCAGGUGGAUGGAUGCAGCUUACAGCGUGGUCAGUUUCCAUGCCAGAAUAGCACAGUGUGUCUCACCUCUGAUCUAGUGUGUGAUGGCCUCCCACACUGUGAGGGUGGUAGUGAUGAAGGUAUUGGCUGUGGUGACUCCUGCUCGGUGAUAAAUUGUAGCCACAGCUGCUUCAUGACACCUGAUGGACCCCAAUGUACCUGUCCUCCUAACCUCACUCUCAACCUCCGCGGUGAUACAUGUCUGGAUGGCCAUUCAUCAGGUUACAUGUUAGUGGGCCUUAAAAAUAAGUUGGAGGCUCACGCACUUGAUGGCUCCAAUGGCUUCACUGUCUAUGAGGGCAAGACCAAUACUUCUGGGAUCAUAGGAGUGGCAUAUGACCCAGUAGAAGAUUUGGUGUACUGGAGUAUGAAGGAGCUUGGUGGUGUGUACCGAAGGGAUCUCCAUGCUGUCAAAGUACCUGAAUUGAUUAUAGACACAGAUGGGGCUAUAGUAGAGGGGCUGGCACUGGACUGGAUGGGUAGGAACCUGUACAUGACAAUCAGCGAACAAAACCGAAUUGAUGUGUGUUCUCUGGACGGUGUUUCCUGUGCAACACUCAUCACCAACAUCACAUCCUGUAGAGCCAUCCAACUAGAUCUUCACAACAGGAAAGUUUUUUGGACCAAUUGGAGAGAGGGCAAAGUGGAGUCAGCAAAUAUGGAUGGAUCUGGAAGGUUGAAGAUAGUGUCAGAACUGGGAUGGCCUAAUGCUUUGGCUCUAGACCAAAGGAAGAAGAGGAUCUAUUGGAUGGAUGCCUUAACAAACUCUUUAGAACGCAUUAAUUAUGAUGGAACCAAUCGGACACUUAUGAGUAGUGGCAACAUUUCUCAUCCAUUUUCACUGGACCUGUUUGGGAAGCAUCUCUUCUGGACUGACUGGUUAACCCAAAAGGUAUGGACGUGCAGAAAAGGAACCUGCAGGAACAUGACUCCCUUAAUUAAAGAACUUCCGGGCCAACCAUUUGGGAUCAAAGUCAUCCACCCAGACCUUUUCCCUGAGGAGGUGUCUGCCGGACGAACCCCAAGGCUGCUUGUCCCUGGCCCGUCUGAGGUGAAGAAUCCAUGCAAGAGUCACAAGUGUAGCCAUUUAUGUUUGCUAUCAACAUCAUCCCCUCAUGGCUACACCUGUGCCUGCCCCUCACACCUGAUCCUUAAGGACAACCGUCACAAGUGUGUGUCUGUUUCACACACCUGACCUUCCUACGUUUAAGCUUAGCUACUUCAUCUACUGCUUACUGUUUGUGUGUAACAGUAUGGCAUAGGUGACCCUCCUCUCACCUCUGACACUGUCUUAGUCCAUAGUUGUGGGCAGUGGAUAAUAGGUGUGCAUGAAGCUACCUGCCUAUGUUCAACAAGGAUAGUGCAGGAUGGUCUUUAUUAUUCACAUGUUGUUUCAUUACUUCAGUUGUAGCGUCUACCUCUGUUAAACUCUUCAUGAGAUGAUUCAUUGUGUAUACAGUACUGUAUUAUCUUCCAUUACUGCCAUGUUUCACUGUUUCCAGAGUUUGCUUUGGGAACAGUUAUUUUUUUGUUACCACUGAGGGUUACUAGAUGUUGUUCUUGGUAUUUUAUGUCAUUCACAGUAUAAUGUCCGAGCCAGCUUCUGUUUUUAGCAUCAUGAUAGGUUUCUGAUUUUGGAGAAAUUUAUUAGAUGUCAUGACUAGCCAUUGGUAGAAGUAUACAGUACUGUAAAUUUUAUAGUAUUGUAGUAGUAUGUGAAAGAAAGAAGUGCAAGGUCAUUGAUAUACUCAGUAUAAAUUAAUUACCAAUUUUGUCUUUCUUAUGGAUUAAAAUUAAUGUAUUUUUAUGAUUUUGGAAACAAUGUUUUGUAUUAUUAUUGAUAUUGGUAUUGUGAACCGUGCAUGAAGACAUCGUGAAGGGUAUCAGUUGAUGAUUAAGUGGAAAAUAUUUGUUAUUAUCCUAACUUGACCUGAUAAUGUUGUAUGAUGUAUUUACAGUACAUAAUGUGUCUACAGAUAUUAAGGGAACAAUAAAAAUAGUUUAUAAAAUUUAAUGAAAACUCCUUGUAUCAUAUUAUUUACUAAAACAUGUAACAUCUCCCCAGCACAAUUAAGAGGUCCCCAUGGUAGUCUAGAUGUCUGUCAUUUUUGUGUAGGGUCACAUUGAUCAGGUUUCUACCACACCACUUGAUCAAUACUGUUGUGGGGGCCAGCUCAGUCUGCCAUGUGAUCAAAUACAGGCUAGUUGAGCAGUGUCCUGAUUCACUAACCACUGCUCAAUCAAGGAAUCAAGAUGUUAUUUAGUUAUUAUAGCAUAUUUUGUGUGAUAGGUAAGUUUAAUGACAUAAAUUAAUGUUUGACUUUCCAGAGAAGUGUGCACAACUGUUCAGUAUAAAAUUUCUUGUCAUGCUUCUCAAGACACUUUGUUUGUCCAAUGCUUUCAUGUAGUUGAUAGUUAAAAUAUAGUUAAAGUAGGGCAUUAUGUUACCAUGUAUUGUAUCAAGUGAUAAUAUGAAUUACAGUA